UGGAAACCAUGGGUUAUUGCAGUGGCAGGUGCACGCUUAUCUUUAUCUGUGGCAUGCAACUGGUUUGUGUGCUGGAGAGGCAAAUAUUUGAUUUCCUUGGAUACCAGUGGGCACCUAUCCUGGCAAAUUUUGUCCAUAUUAUCAUCGUCAUUCUGGGUUUGUUUGGAACUAUUCAAUAUAGACCUCGCUACAUAACAGGAUAUGCUAUCUGGCUAGUCCUCUGGGUUACAUGGAAUGUGUUUGUUAUCUGCUUCUACUUGGAGGCUGGGGACCUCUCAAAGGUAAUUUGCUAUCUAAUUUAUUUCAGCUGUUAGUCCUGGAUUAGGAGCCUAUUCCUAAAACUAAGCUGUCUUUUUAUGAGCCCUCCUAUCUUUAGAUAGAUGAGUCUAACUCAAUGUCCACUUGCAGUAUUCUGUACUUUUGACCAAGGUAGUUCUUUACCUAAAGAUACACCAAGAUUUGUAGAUAUAUCACUGAUUAUACUUGUGAAGGAAAAUGAGAAUGACAUAUUUUUUAUCACCUUUAUUCAAUUUAGAUUUAAAUAAGUAUUUUGAGUAAAGACUUUGGCAAUGGUGUUGGGUUUUUUUUUUU